AUGUGGAACUGUCGAUAUUCCGCGGCUCCAAUUAUUUCAAUGGGAGAGCCAUCUCACGUUAGAGAUACCGGUGGCAAUUUUGUAGGUUUCCCUUCCUUUCGACAUCGUCAAACAGAAACAGAGACACAUAGAUACGAGUCAUAUACCUCAUAUUUGCAAAGAAUGUCUACUGCAGAACAGGAGAAACCGUUGGAACAAGUGCCAUCCAAGGUGGAACAGGACGAGUUUGUCAAGAAGCUCGAAGAGGACGACGAGUUUGAGGAUUUCCCCGAAGAUGUUUGGGAGACUACGCAGUCUACCGAGGGAACAAAGGAGACCCGUCUAUGGGAGGAGAGCUGGGAAGACCAGGACGAUCUCAAGGCCGACUUUGUCAACAAACUACGUGCCGAACUAGCUAAAAAUGGGUCUUUGAAACCCUGA